CAGGGAACGGACGGGGUCAAAGUUCGACCUGCAGAGCUAAGGCACGACCAGUGUGAAGAUGAAGGACCCGCUGAGCAGCUGUUCUUAUAAUCUGCUGUAUCAAGAUCUGAAGAGAAUCUCUAAGAAUGGCGAGUAUUUCUGCAAAGAGCUCUUGGCCGUCUUCCAGCAAAGAUCUGAACUGGAGAUCAGCUACUCCAAAGGACUCCAGAAGAUCGCAGGGAAACUUCUUAAGGUCUCGAAAGAGAUGUGUGACAACUCCACGUAUCGCGCAUGGUCCUUCAUAUCAGAUGAAAUGUACGCCUCAGCAGAUGCCCACCGCAUACUGGGAAAUGCUCUCAGCCAAGACGCUAUUCAGGAAAUCCGUCAGAUCCUAGAUGAACACGGGAAAAGAAAAAGGCCGCUCGACAAUGCCGUCGAAAAGUCUGGAAAGCUUGUUCUUACAAACUGGAGCGAACAAAUUAAGCUGAAGAAGAAGCUGACUGGGUUGACGAGAGAACACGAGGCUCUCUUCAGCUUUGUGGAAAAAAAUAAGCAGAUCUGCACAGAAAAGGAAAAACAGAAGAUGUUGAACAGAUUGACUAAAUCAGCAGAGCUUCAGGCCAGAGUUGAUGAGGAAUAUUUUAACACCAACAUGGAGGGUCACCACAUCCGGCUGAAGCUGGAGAACACGCUGAAAACCUGCUACCAGAUUGUUCAGGAGCUGGAGAAGCAAAGAAUAGAGACCCUGUCCAACACCCUGGACAAGUACAGUCUCUUCAUGUCCGUCUACGCACAGACCGUCAUACACAGUCACAAACAGAUCGAGCAGGCCGUACGCAAAGUUGACGUGGAAAAAGACAUUCAGUCGCUGGUGGAGGCUGUCAGCGCUACAGCGGACGAAAGCAAAGCUGAAUUUCUCAUGGCUGACUACUUCGUGAGUUUAAAAAAGCGACGCAAUUUUCGUUGCAGAAUGGAUACAAAUUUGCCGUGUGUGUGUGUGUUGAUGCAGGAGGAAGAAGGAAAAACGGUCAUGGGAAAAGACAGAAGGAGAGACGGCAUCAGGACCAAACUUCAGCGUCUGGAGGACUGCAUCGCGAAAACAAAAAGUGACAGAGAAGGUUUGGAGAAAAUGGUUAAAGCAUACACAGAACAGCCAAACUUCUCCAACCAAAAAAACCUGGAGGAAACAGAACAGUCACUGGAUGAGGCCAUCCUCAAACUGGACCUUUUGGAAGCGACGCAUUGCAAACUGACUCACAGUCUGGCAGAGAUAGAGAGCAAACCAAAAUCAAAGCAUCGAUUCAGCGACAGCAUCACUAAAUGGAAAGAAAAGGACGGCGAGCACAGCGUGGUGCAGCUUUCUCGACCGGUGAGGAUCAAAAAGACCCCGUUCAGAUCACGUCAGUCCAUGAGGAGCGCUGCGAUCAAUAAAAGCGCGCCGACCGCCCAAACCCCCGACACGACGGCCGAAGAGCCCUCGGCCGAGACGGCUGGUGUCGCUCACAAUAACACAGACGGCCAGCAAAGCGGGCCUGUUAACGGAAGCACGUCUGAAUCUGAAGAGGAUAAAGGCUCGCUUGGCAGAUGCAAGGCUUUAUACAGCUUCACGUCAGAAAAAGAGGACGAGUUAAACAUUAACGAAGGAGACGUGCUGGACAUCUUUCAGAAGGACGACACGGGCUGGUGGUUCGGUGAGCUGAACGGACGGAGAGGAUAUUUCCCGUCCACGUACGUGAAAGAACUGCCGGUUUUCACCGAGACGAAGUCCUCGGAAGCUUAGCCUCAAAAGAGCACGUGAUGGAAAAGGUCACCGACCUCGACGCCGCCGAAUCGCGAUUGAAUCGAGCUGUAGGGUUAAACACAAAAACUGAAAAAAAAGGAAAUCGUUCGAAUGAAUCGACUCCAAAGAACAAUUAGCUCGCGAAUCAACUAUUAAUGUGAGUCGAGUAAUUUUACAGAUGAUGAGAUUCUAGCCGAUAAAAUGUUUUAGAGCAGAGCGUAAAUGUAUUUGCAAGAAAACUUGCUGCAAAAGAGUUUCUCGGUGUGUGCGUUUUGGUUUUAUUUCAUGAAAGGAGGUCUACAAAUGAAAUCCACUGUUAGAAUUUUAUUGUGAAAAAGAAAUUUACGUAAUGAAACGCAUACGUUUUAGACACUGUAGUAUAAAACUAAGAAAUUGUAAAGCACUUUAAGAGUUUUUUUAUGACUUGUAUAAAAGGUUUACUGUUAAAAAUUAAGAACUGAAACGAUUACAUAUUUCAUAUUGAGUAACUACCGAUGGUUUAGGUAAAUAAAAGAUCGAUUUAUGUGCUGAUAAUGUCUGUAAAUAUGGCGUCUGGGUUUCUGACUGUUUGUUUUAAAUGCAUUUGAAAUGAAAAAAAUAAUAAUAAUAAAAAAAAAAAAAAAAAAAAAAAAA